GUGUUCAAUUUUAGCACUGGGAGAACAACCUAUUAGCAAAGCUAACCUUGAAGACGAAGUAACUGCUAUGGAUCACGAUCACACGGGUCAUCUUAUUUUCUGCGGUGAUGGACAGGGAUGCAUAUACACAGUGUGUAUGGAAUCUCGUACAGGUGUGUUAUCUAGAUCUCAUAGACAGCGGUGUAGCAGCAAACAUAGAACAGCUGUUACAAGUGUUCAAUACAGGAUGUUCUCUCUGCUAGCUCGUGGCCCUGUCUUGCUGACUUUUACUCGUGAUGGCAACUUGUCUUUCUUCAGUGUAUCUUUGGAGGUAAAAGGUUAUUUGACCCUUCGUUGUUCGCUAAAAUUGGCCCCGCGGUUGUAUAGUAUCCGUGCUGCUUUGUGUCCUUUAUUGUCCCUUGAAAAGGGAGAAUACAUUGUUGCUGGAAGUGAGGAUGCAAAUGUGUACUUCUACGAUAUAACUCGAUCAAAGGGUACAUGUGUUAACAAGCUGCAGGGUCAUGGAUAUCCAACUAUAGGCAUAGCAUGGAACCACGGGGACAACUUGCUAGCUUCCUCUGAUUUUGGUGGCACUGUGAUUGUAUGGAAGAGAUCAGCAAAGCCUAUUUGACCAGUCAUUAUAUAUAUAUGUGAUAGUUCUAAUGAGAACGAUGUCUCAGUAGAGAAAUAAUAAUAAAUAAUAAAUAAAUAAAUAAGAAUGGAAUCUCACCAUUCUUUCAUUUUGAACUCAAAUUUUGUGGAGAUAAUCUACACUUGAUGAAGAAUAUGUUAAUAAAAUUUCACGAGAAAGAUCCAAAAUGGCCUUGGUCAGAUAGUGGUUCCCGCGUGUGCCACUUAAGGAGAUC